AUGCUCUGCGUGAAUCCUGUGUUUUGUGUUAGUGCAAUCGUUCCUCAUUUUACUUUUUGCUCCCCUCCCCGCCUCUGCCCUGGUCUUCCUUAUUAUCUUUCCCCCCUCCACAAUUCGUGCCAGCAACGUGGUAGCCUGCCUAGUGCGUUGUAUCCCUGGUCGUUCCACUGCAUCAUUCUUUGUCUUUCAUUUGCAUUUUUGUGCGUCUGCCUUUUUGUUCGGUUCGGAUUUAGCGCGCUAUCACCAUCGUCUGUCGCUGUACCCUGCUAUAACCUCGCUUCUUCCUCGCCACCCCCAAACCCCAAGCCUGUUGAGACGAAAGGCCGUCAUUCGGAUCAUUCCUCUUACUCGUAUAUCAGCACUCUAACUGUUGUCUUCUCAAUUCUCUAG